CACGAGUAGCAAUCUGUAGAAGAGGAGGAGAAGCUCUGCUGGAGCUCGACUAGGAAGAAUUCAUCAUCGAUGCAGUAUCAAUGGUAAUUUCGUUCCUUUCUCCUUUGUAUUGCUAGUCAAUUUGUUUAGGGAUGUAAAUUCUAUGGGGAUUGUGUAUUACUUUUUAUGAGUUAAUAAGAUGCUCAUUUCCUUCUAUGCUUUGCUUCAUCAAUGCUUAUUGCUUUAUGGAAUGCAUGCUUUAAUCAUCUAUUUUAUGUGAUCAUCGAUACUCUUUAUCAUAUGAACUUUUGAUUGAUCUAUGCGUGUGACUUUAUUAUGAUUUUAUUAUAGAUUGUUUAUACUACUAUUAUGGGAAACAAGGAAACUAAUCUCGUGUAGUAGACAUCCUUCUUAGGCGUGUAUAGCAGGAUUAGCUACCCUUAUAUGCAUGACUGAGGAUGAUGUUUGAUUCUUAGAUCAUUAAUUCUAUAUACUAGAGUUAUGGUUCGUAGAAACCCACAAUUAACGAUAUGAUAUCAUAGACUCCAUGUUCUUCCUUGAUUAGGUGAUGGAAUGAAGUGAAAGCAUGCAUUAGUUAGUCAAAUCUCUAUCACAAGAAGCACAUGCAUGGGUAGAGAGUGGCCUUAGAGAAAGUAAUAGGGCAUCAUAGUAGAUUAUGCAUAGAUGCAUCUUAUUAGAGAUUGUAUGCAUGACCAUCUAGAAGAAGCUACCUAAACACGUUCUUGAUUUUUCUUGCAUUAGUAGUGUAGUACACGAGUAGAGGGCACCUGAACCCAACUAAUUUACUUUUCUUUACAUUGCAUCAUCAAACUCAAUUGGUUAGAUUUGAGUAGUUACUAUUGAAAGACCCUGUGGAAUACAACCCUAGACACCUCUAAAACCUAUCUCUUGAAUACUACAUCAAGUUUUUGGCGUUGUUGACGAAAUUUUUUUAAAGUAAUUGAAAGAAGCUAGCCUCUUGUAUUUGAUUUUCAUUUCAUAAAAGAUAAAAUAUUAUGCUAUAAUUGGUUUAGUUUUGCAGGAAUCGCACUCGAGGAAGCCAACAAGCCAUCCAAGGAUGUGAAACCAAAAAGAAAGAAGAAAGACAGGCCAAGGAGGAUCGAAUGAUGAAGCAAGAAACCAUAUUGUGUGGGGUGAUGAUAACAUAGAUAAAGAAAACCUAAAGAUAGUAAGGGAAGCAUAUAGAGACUACGUAACUGUAGAGGAAUGGGAGAAAGCUCAUGAUUUCCUCCAAUUAAGACGCCAGAUCAAAUCAAGACCUCCUAGGUGUAUCGAUGCUAGCAUACAAUAAGAAGGGUUCAAGCAAUUGCUAGAAGAUGUUCAAAUCAUCAAGGAGACUCCCGAACCGAUCAAAGAAGUUUCAAUGAAGUGUGUGAAGGUUUUGAAGAAAUCAAGGUACAAAAAGGCCUUAUGGAGCAUAAACAUUUCGUGAAACAUGAAGAUAAGGAGGAUCAUAGCAAUGCCAACACCUAUAAUGAGGAAGAAGAUUAAGAGAACGUGGACCAUGGAGAGGAGGAUCAAAAUGAGGCCGAUAGAGAAGAAGAUGAGUUUAUAAAUAUAUAUUUCCCCUAUCAACAUGCUCGAUAUGAAAAUCAAGUUUCAUUGUCCUACAGAUGAGGUUCCCCAAUGCAAAGGAACUUCCCUAUGAUAGAAAUGAACUAUGGAAGCUGCAUCCAUGCCUGAUGCCACCACCGAUCUAUGUGAUUGAUUACAGGCACGAAAUGACGGCGACACUUGAUGGACGAUAUAGUGGUCUAGUAUCAUUCAUGGACCUCCUGAUAAUGCACGUAGUCUUAAUCAUUAAUGAAAGUCGUUGGGAAAAGCUUUCCGCAUUGGUUGCCUAAUCGCAAGUUGGUUGUCCGCAGCAGAGAAAGUAGAUAAGCAAGUGGUAGAAGCUUGGGUUUCAACGCUCAAAAGCAGGCUGUUUUCCAGUACUUGAAGAACCCCCAGCUAGGUGUUUGAAGUAGCUGUUCUGUUGCUCUAGUCUUCGGGUUUGGGCCCUCUCUUUUUCUUUUCCAUUCUCCUCUGGAGUGUGUUUCUUUUCAGUCCUUUUCGAUGGCUUCCCCUACGCCUAUUUUCCUCUUGUUUCUAGUUGGGCUCUGCCCUGCUGCCUUUUGUAACUCUUUCAGUUCUUAUUAAUAUAUAUCAUCCUUAACAAAAAAAAAAAGUCUCUUAAUUUAGGUCUAUGAUGUCUAUGGUACCCAUAGACUGCCACUUCCAUCUGACUUGGGAGCAGAGGUAGGAAUACAAAACUGAUCUCCCUAGAAGCCUGACCGUAAGUGUCUUAUUCUAGGAUGUGACAUAGUCGAUAUAAAAGUUUGUGUCAAAUUUUCUACCAGAAAAGAAAAAAAAUGUCUCAACAAACUUUUUCCAUUUACAACCGUUGAAAUAGUUCUUAUGUAAAUAAUGAAGCAGUAUGUUUUAUAUGUAAAAUUGAGUAAUAAUUUAACUAUAUAAGAAUCAAUGUAUUAUGGCUUAAGAAACUCACACUUAACUAUAUGCUAUACUAACUUCCUUGUUUUUCAUUAAUUAGGUAAUGGCACUCAGACCUAGAUAGUUGGUUCAAUUGAAGGAUCUCGAGCUUGGCAGCAUGGCCACAAAAGAAUUCUACUCCAAGUUCAUUCCACAACAACAAUAGAUAUCCUUACGACAAUGGAGCAACAUGACAGUUGAUACUUCAACCUCGUCUAGAAAUUCAAGAAGCUUGUCAACCAAGAAUGAAAGGUAAAAAUUUCAUGAUAAUUGAGAUAAGAUAUCAUUUGUUAAUCCUUUAUGAUCCGAGUCUUUAUUUUUCGACCGUGUAGGACUCUAUGGGUAUUGUCCAAUCUUGCUUAAUUUAAGUAUCAUGUAGGAGCGUACUUUUAGCGUCCCUUUUUUUUACCCAAAAGAAAAGAAGAAUACGAUAGAUGGGUGGUAUGAUUUUUUUCAAUUCUCACAAAAUAUGGAUAUUAAACACAAAUCUCAAUUUCAAAAUUAUUUUUAGGUAAUAAAACACGUAAUUUUUAAACUAAUUGAUGCAUUUAUGCAAUUUGGACCCAAAUUCCUCAUCCAAACGGUCAAUUAAAUACUAGUACCUGAUCUCAUUGCAUAUCACUCAUAUAUGAUUGAUUCAGAUGUUAACUAAUUGUGGUUGACUUGGAAUUAAGCUGUUUAGUGAUUCGACCUUACUUGUAAAAACUACUUUGAGGAAAGGACUGAGAUGUUCAAUUCUUUUACAAAAUGUAUGUAUCAAAGGCACUCCACUGCAAGAGAAAAGUGGAAGAAUUUUCUUUUUGAUUUGGGUGGUAGAUUUAUUUCUUCAAUAAAAGUUCAAAUACUCAUUACAUGUACAAAUAAUUUGAGAGAGAUUCCUUUCAAUGGUGGAGCAGCCCUGCGAAAAUUCAAUGAACCUUUUUUACAAAAAAGAAACUAUAUUUUUUUUUUACGUCACAAAAAAGAAACUAAGUGCUGUAAUAUUACUAAGCGAAUAAAACAAAGAAAAUCCUAAACCACUAAGAAGAGGGUCGUUUGACUCGUUUGGCAGCAGAAAUUUUGAAUGAAGCAAUUUGGCUCGGGGAUUCUGAAUUGUCUUAUUUUGAGACAAUUACAAUUAUCUGGGGUGGGGGCAGGUAAUUCAAAUUGAAUUUUUUUAAAUGACUCAUUUUGUAAAACGAAACAAUUGGCUGAAUUAUCUAGUUUUGCAAUUGAUUCAUUCUAACAACCUAAGUGAUAAGAAAACAGGCUUAGCACAGUAGGUUUCUGGAUCUUAUUUAUUAUUUUGGAAAAUUGACCUUAAUACCAAUAAAUUAUAAAUGUAUAAGGUUUUUUAUAAUAAAUGUAUAAGGUUGAAUCAUUGAUUCUCAUAAUAUAUUUAAAUCGAGUUACAUAUACACCAGAAUCAUGCAUAGAAAUAUAUAUAUUGAGGUUAGUCGGUUACGCUAAUAAACUAAUUGAUUAUGAGUUAGCGGUGCGACUAUUGACAGAUUAAAAUAAUUUUGGGUUUAAUCGAUAAUCGAUUAACCGCUUAAUGAUUAACCGACAACUUACUGAAUAGAAAUAUAAACAUUAAAAUUGGAUUGAGAAGAUUAGAUGAAUUAUAUUGGAAAAAGGAUAGCAAAGAUUGUAUCCCAAUUUUUUUCAUCAGUAAUUUUCCUCACCUAGUUCCCUCUCAUCACUCUUCUCCUUCAUCACUUUGCUUUAUUCUCUCGGUCCUAAUAGGAACAAUAUAAGGCAAACCCAAAUCAAUGAUAAAAUAUAUAAAAAAGAACUCAUACUCAGAAAAAAAUCAACACAAAUACACAAUUGAUAAAAAAGAGGGAGACAAUGAAAAAUGGGAUAUAGAGACAAUGAAAAUGUGUCUCUAAUCUCUAUAGAAUUCUCAUUUGUCUCUGUAUUAUUCUAGAUACAGAUACAACAUUUGUUUUCAAUUGGAAAUCUCAUUUUAAUUUCUCGUAAUUGCUAUAACUAACUGGUACCAAUUCCAUAUAAUUCAAAAUUUAGAAUUGAAAACGAAUUCUUUUAAAUACCAAACACAAAAAUGUUUCAUUUCAAAAUAAAUUUCUCAAAAACUAUGAAAUUCAUUUAUACCAAAUCGUAGGUUAAAUAUCAAUUUGGUAGCACAGCAAACGGUGAGAGAAAAACCUUUUGCUUUGUUACAUAUACAAAAGUUGCCACCGAACUUGUGGUGGGUUCAAAUGAAACCUUAUCCAGUCCAUGAAGAUAUCUCUAUAGUGUUCUGUCAAAGAUAAAGACAGGUUUCUGCCUUUUAAAUUUUGCCUACUAUGGCGCCAUGAUAGUUACAGGAGCUUCCUGAAAUCUCAAAGAACACAUGCACUGCUCUCUCUCUCUCUCUCUGCAACUUCACAACAGAAACAGUCCAGAUCACAAGUGUAUAUGUAUACUAUAUAUAAAUGUAGUAUAAUCAUGAGAGACCAUCCAUGACCAUUAAAAUACUACUGGGCUCUCUUCAGAUACCUAACUUUUCAUGGGCACUUUGCAAUAAUGUACCCCAUCCCAUACUCCCAAAGCCUUAGGGUUGCUAAAAUAACAUACUUAGUGGUAUGUUUGUUCUUCCUCAGGGAAAUAAGUUGGCAACUUGCAACCCAUCAAGAUAACUUGUAUCUUAAAAUGGUUUUUUUUUUUCCAUUUGUAUUUGUGGCAUAUCCUAAAGAAUCUUAAUUUAAGGGAUUGUUUGAUGCACAAUCUCAACCGAAUCUGAACCCACAGUCACCCAAUUUGAUCCAAUCGGGUCGAAGCGAAUAAAACCCAUUAUUAUGAUCUAAUGCCACAAUUUAGACAUAAAAACAUGGUGGACAAAAACGACAAACGUAACUAUACGAACCAUACUACCCACACAAAUCAUAAAAACUAUACCAACAAUAGAAACGAUACAUAAUGAAUUUACAAACAAUACAAACGAUAGGAAAUGGGAAAACAACCUGAUUGACUUUGGAGGCUCAGUUUCUAAUAGAGGAGUUAUGUUCCAAAGUCAACCAGAUUGUUUUUUUUUUAAGUCUUAUAAACAUUGCAAACAGAGUAGACAAAGCUUACAAACAUCCCAAACAUGAGAAACAAAAAUGACAAAGCUUAUAAACAAUACAAAAGAAAUCAAUAAACAUUACAAAGCCGUUGAAGAGAGGAAAAAAUUCGAACAUGCCCACUUUAUAUUUUUAUUAUUUUAAUUCAUAAAUAAAAUAAUCAUGCAAUUACCAUCUUAUCAUUCAUUAAAUGAGACUAAUUUGA